AUAUAGUAGUGCAUUGGAGGCGUACACGUACCUAGUCCUGGCUGUUGUGCCCUUCCUCUGAGCUCCUCGUACACGUACAUGUAACGUUGAGUGCGGCUGCUGCGGCGUAUGCAAGACGUCAUUCACAUACCAGUCACAAAUAAGUUACAGCAAAAUAGACACACCCUGGAAGCCAUCCGCAAAGACACAUUUUGAAAUAUUCCAAGAUACAGCAAAACGAUCUGCAGUGAAACUUGACUAGAAUCUGCAGCGAGGGAAUUUGAAGUGAGCAAUGUCGUCCAAGAUCGUCUUGAACGGAGAGCUGGCGCCCGGUUCGCCGACUGUGGCUCGGUCAGGUGACAUUACCAAUGAGAGUUCGUUGGAUCGGGAGUGUGAAAACUUAACCAGAAAGGCUGCUGCUGGAGCAGAUCAAGGAAAGCCACAAGAACGAUCUAAUGGUGUGGUGACACCACCUCUACCUAAAGGAUGUGUACCCCUUACACACCAGGUUGCUGGCCACAUGUAUGGCAAGGGAACGAGCAAAGCAGGUAAUGGUAAAUUUUCUCCAAAUGUAGACAAAUUGGCAAAAUCAGACUGUUUACUCUAACAGCAAGAAACCACUCAAUAUGAUGAUGUAUUUAGAAACCUACUGUUAGGGAUUCUUCAAAGAUGAGAUACUGGUAGUGUGUUCAGCCAAGUAAGCAGUCUCAUGGAUCUUUAUGUGUGCUCGUUGAAUGCUCUUGUUGUGCCUUCAACUUUUCUUUGGGGCGCUAUUGUG